AUCCCCCUUACUUGGUCAACCUUUAGCUACUAAGCCAACAUUUUUCACUGUUACCUAGCAUAAUAAUAUUUUUUCGUACACUAUGAGAGGCAGAGGCGGUUUCAGAAUAUGCCCCCCUGGUGGUCGACGCUACAAUAGUGUGGUCAAUCAGUUCGUCAGGAGCUGGAGACAUCCACCAACUCAGAAACCUAGGUUCACUCGCAUCGUCCGAGUCGUUCAGGUCAAGCCCCCCUAUCACUUACGGUUGAGAUAUAACAAGUUCAAAUCGCGACUCGAAAAAAGAGGAAAGUUCUCCCGUAGAAGACUGCCGAAGGGUAACGAGAGAAGGAGAUGGCAUGGUACGGCGAUCGGCAAUUGCCAGUUCUUGCAGCCAAACCUCCGUAGGGAUGGACAUUGCGAGUCCAGCCGACGAUGCAUCAUUUGCAGUAUUAUCAACACUGGAUUCCGUAAGCCCAAGCCAACACCAGGAAGACGCGAGUUGUUCGGUUUCGGGAUGUACUUUAGUUCGACAAGCUCCAAAUCCGAUGAUUACACGGGAGCGCGAGUGCUUGGCAUGGCGAAACCUGCUCCAGGUGUUAGAGCUAUAUUACUUUGCAAAGUCGCUGUUGGUCGUGCAUGUAAAGUGAGGACUGCACAACAACAGAGAACUCGCGCACCUAGAGGUUUUAAUUCGGUAAUUGGCCAACCUGGGCUUUUGCCUGGCUUAAACUAUGAUGAAUUGGUAACAUACAACGUUGCUCAGAACACACCAGCUUUUGUGAUAGUUUACGCUUGAAUCCAAAUCGUGUUCAUGGCAAGCC